AUGAUGUCAAACAUUGUCAUGGCAAGAAUGAACCUAAAAGGGAAAAAGAAUAAGAUAGCUUUCCUAAAAACAAAGCUUUACAAGGUGAUCUCAGUAAGCUUUAUUUGCAUCAACCCUCCAUUUUCAGCAAAGUACUUGUUGUGUUAUUUAUAUUUUAUUGAGUGUGCAAAGUUUUGGCAAAUGACACUGUUCACAAUAAUUGAUUUGAAGUAUACAUAUUUUAAGACUUACCAUGAUGUAUAUGUGUUUACAGGAUGCGUAAUGAUGGUGUAUCCUGAGAUCACAGAAACUAAAGUAAAGGAAGAUAUUGGGAAGUUUUUAAAAUAUGCCCCCGAGAGAGCUGGAGGAGGGGGAAGGACCAGCAAAGAUUAAUCCAAAUUACAAAAAUAAAUUCAAU